GAGAGAGAGAGAGAGGGGUAUAGCUGGAUAUAUGGGUGAAAAAUUGUGGCGAGGCUGAUGGUUGACAUCUAGCCUCUACUAUAAAGUUCAAAGGCAACCUUGUCUUUUAACACACCUUUGAUGCAAUAACACAACAAACACCAUUAGAGGAGAAAAGUGAAGACAGAAAGAGAGAGAGUAUUGUUAGAAAAAUGGAAAAGACUGAGAAAGUGAUUACAAGUGAUCAGCCUAAGUACAGAGGUGUCAAAGCCAUGCCAUUUGUGAUAGGAAAUGAGACAUUUGAGAAGCUGGGAACAAUUGGGACCUCAUCUAACCUCUUGGUCUACCUCACCACUGUCUUCAACAUGAACCCCAUUGCUGCAACUAAUCUCAUCAACAUCUUCAAUGGCACUUGUUACUUUGGUACCCUGCUAGGAGCUUUCCUCUCUGAUGCGUUCUUCGGCCGCUAUAAAACUCUGGGUUUUGCUUCCAUAUCCUCCUUCUUGGGGAUGCUUAUACUGACCCUUACAGCAGCAAUCUCAAAGCUCCAUCCUCCUCACUGUUCCACAGGACAGACUAUCUGCAUUGGACCGACAUCAUGGCAAAUGGUUUUCAUACUAACUGGAUUUGGUUUCCUAGUGAUUGGUGCUAGUGGCAUACGACCAUGUAACUUAGCCUUUGGAGCUGACCAAUUCAAUCCCAACACCGAGUCAGGCAAGAGAGGAAUGAGCAGCUUCUUCAAUUGGUACUACUUCACGUUCACUUUUGCCAUGAUGGUCUCAUUGACAAUUAUUGUCUACGUGCAAUCCAAUGUGAGCUGGGCUCUCGGGUUGGCAAUUCCAACAUUCCUCAUGUUCUGUUCGUGCGCGGUGUUUUUCAUUGGCACGAGAAUAUAUGUCAAGGUACUGCCACAAGGUAGUCCCUUGACAAGUGUCGUGCAGGUUGUGGUGGCUGCAGUCAAGAAGAGGGAUUUGAAGUUGCCGGAACAACCAUUGCUGUCACUCCACAACCAUGUUCCUGCUAGUUCUAUUAACUCAAAGCUUCCUUAUACAGAUCAGUUUAGAUUUUUUAACAAAGCAGCAAUUGUCACCCAUGAAGACCAAAUCAAACCAGAUGGAUCAGCAGCCGAUCCAUGGAGACUUUGCAGCAUCCAACAAGUAGAAGAAGUGAAAUGCUUGUUGAGGGUGCUACCCAUUUGGGCUGCAGGCAUCAUCUAUUAUGUUGCCAUAGUCCAACAACAAACCUACGUUGUCUUCCAAGCCCUUCAAUCCGACAGACGACUAGGCACCAACAACAAUUUCAAAAUCCCAGCAGCAUCCUACAUCAUCUUCUCAAUGCUCACCCUCACAAUAUGGAUACCCAUAUACGAUCGAAUCAUAGUCCCAUUUCUCCGAAAACUCACAAAAAAUGAAGAUGGAAUCACGGUUCUCCAGAAGAUGGGUAUUGGCAUGGUUAUUGCUAUCAUCACAAUGCUUGUGUCCGCCUUGAUCGAAAGGCAAAGAAGGACAGUGGCAAUUACUAAGCCUAUAUUCGAAACAGAAGCAAGAAAAAGUGUUGUUUCUUCGAUGUCAGGGAUGUGGCUAAUACCUCAAUUGGCACUAGCAGGACUUUCUGAGGCAUUCACUCUCAUCGGCCAAGUUGAGUUUUUUUACAAGCAAUUCCCAGAAAACAUGAGGAGCAUUGGUGGGUCUUUCUUGUUUUGUGGUUUGGCAUUGUCAAGUUAUUUGAGCAGUUUCUUGAUAUCUGUAGUCCAUAGGACUACAAAUGGUGCUGCAACAGGGAAUUGGCUGGCAGAAGAUCUUAACAAGGGCAAAUUGGACUUUUUCUACCACCUAAUUGCUGGUUUGGAGGUUUUAAAUUUUGGGCACUUCCUAGUAUGUGCAAAGUGGUAUAAGUACAAAGGAACCAGUGCCAACACAGCUGAUGUGGCAAUGGAAAAAAUGUAUUCUGAGAAACCUCUUGUUUGAUACAUUUGUUUGAAAAAUAUAACCUAUUUGGAGAAGUCUUCAAGGCCUCCUUUGCUUUACAA